AUGGAGGAGACGCCGCCGGGGCAGCGGCCGCAGCCGCAGCCAGCGCACGCGUCUCAUCCCUUCCCCGCGGCGCCCUUCACCCCGCCACUGCGAUCGCGAGAAGGCGACCGCGAGUCUGCAACCGGCAGCGGCGCCGCAGACUCGCCCCCUCCCGCUCUCCUCUGCGCUUCUCCGCCGCCGUCGCCGGUCCGCCGCCCCUCCCGCGGCCGAGUACCGGCGCCCCCAUCGUGGGCUGCGGGGGAGGGGGGCGAGGCCGACGAGCAGGCUGAGCUACACGGGCAGGCCCGGCACGAAACAGACCCGUGGAUGCAUAGCGACCCCGGCCGGAGGAGACCAGCGGCCGACGCCGACCGUGCGGCCAGUCCCCUCCACCUCCGCUGCACCCUCCUCUCCACGCUGGGACGUGACAGGAGAACGGAGAUCCCCGAGGCUGCGUAG